UCCUGCGACGCGCGCACGCACCACAGAGUACCGCGCCGCACUAAAUAUAGAUAUAUAGAUAUAGUUAUAAUAUAAUAUAGCUGCCGCCGCCGCCGCCGCCGCCGCCAACUUACGGACGACGACGACGAUUAUUGCGCUCUCUCGCUCUUACGCAUUGUAUACAUGCCUGUACUACCAACAGCUGCCUGCCGCCCGGAAUGAAGAGCAGCAGCAGCAGCGUAGCGACGCGUCUAUCUAAUACAGCCAGUUGACAUAGGAGAUCCCCAUUUAUAAGUAAGCUCCGCCACGGCCGCUCGCGUUUCAGUACGAAAAUUGGGACGCCCGAGCGCGCGAGUGCUGCUACACACAUAGUCACCCGCGAAUGUGCAACUGAAGUGCGUGUCGCCGCCUAGACGACGACGACGACGCCGAUGAUAAUCUGCAAAAAGAGUCCAUAACGCCGACGUCGGUCACAGUGUGUCAUUGUGCAAAAAACAACAACAACUACGACGAGAUUUAAUUAAAAGAGAGAUACAUUAUUCUCUCGUGCAGUGUGUAUAUUGUGUAUAUCUCUGUGUAAGUGUGUGUGUGUGUAUACGUGUAACGCUGUAUAGUAUAAUAUACAGGCACAUUGCAACGCUCGCAAACGCGGACAGCAGCUGCCUGCCUGGGAUACACAGACGCUUCCUUUCCGGCUUCGUCAUCGAUUGACUGUGUGCCGCCGCGGAGAGCCCGGCAUUUUGAGGGCCCUCAGUGACUGUUACAUUUUUCCCAAAGAAGCUAAGAAAAACUAAACCGCCAAGAUGUUUGACGUUUUCGGCUCGGUGAAGGGCUUGCUCAAGCUCGAUGCCGUCUGCAUCGACAACAACAUCUUCAAGAUGCACUACAAGGCGACCUUCAUCAUCCUCGUCGCUUUCUCGCUGCUCGUCACCUCGCGCCAGUACAUCGGCGACCCGAUCGACUGCAUCGUCGACGAGAUCCCCCUGCACGUGAUGGACACCUACUGCUGGAUCUACUCGACCUUCACCAUGCCCGAGCUCAACGGCGUCGUCGGCAAGGACAUCGCCGCUGCAGGCGUGGGCGGCGAGGGCGGCGAGCGCAAGUACCACAAGUACUACCAGUGGGUCUGCUUCUGCCUGUUCUUCCAAGCCAUCCUGUUCUACAUACCGCGCUACCUCUGGAAGACCUGGGAGGGCGGCAAGAUCAAGAUGCUCUCGCUCGAUCUCAACUGCCCGGUGGUGAGCGAGGACUGCAAGACCGACAGGAAGAAGCUGCUCGUCGACUAUCUCUCCCUGAACAUGCACUCGCAGAACUGGUACGCGUUCCGCUACUUCGGCUGCGAGUUUCUCAAUCUCGUCAACGUCAUCUGCCAGAUCUUCCUCAUGGACUACUUCCUCGACAACGAGUUCACCAACUACGGCCGCGACGUGCUCAGCUUCAGCGAGAUGGAGCCCGAGGACCGCAUCGAUCCCAUGUCGCGGGUCUUCCCCAAGGUCACCAAGUGCACCUUCCACAAAUUCGGUGCUUCCGGCACGGUUCAAAAGUUCGACGGCCUGUGCGUGCUGCCCCUGAACAUCGUCAACGAGAAGAUCUACGUGUUCCUCUGGUUCUGGUUCAUCCUGCUCGUGUUCUGCACCGUCGGCAAUCUCCUCUACCGCCUGGUCAUCCUGCUGUCGCGCAGCAUGCGCCUGUACGUGUUGCGCAGCCGCUCGCGCAUCACGCCCUACCACCAGGUCGAGCUGAUCGUCAACAGGUGCCAGAUCGGCGACUGGUGGGUGCUCUACCAGCUCAGCAAGAACAUCGAUCCGCUCAUCUAUCGCUCGCUCCUCAACGAUCUCGCCCGCAAGCUCGAGGGCAAGGAGAGCGUCUGAGUUCAGGCCGACUCUUUCUACUGCUUGACGUUCUAUCGCAAAGACAAAGACGACGACGACAAACGAGAACUUAGACGAUCGAGCGAGACUACUACGACGAGCAGCUUAGAAAAAAGUGAUAAUAGCUUGGACGACGUCGUGCUCCACGGGCAAAGUAUAUUGAUUUAAGAAUUUCUUACGCUUCAUCGGAUUAUUUUUUUUCUGACUGUUUGUUUUUUUCCAUCUGUUGAUAUCACACUUUUUAUAAUAAUCAUAUAUGCUUUAGACGUGAGCGCGCCGAGCCCAAGCUUGAUCAAGUGCCUAAAAUAAUAAUAAUAAGCGAGAAAAAGAGACAAAGAGAAGCGAGAGUAGUGAAUUUUUAUGUACUGUGAUGGAAAUUGCUCGAUCGAUUCGAUUCCCUCGAAUUUUCUUCGAUCGUAGCGCGUACAGUUUUAAAGGAAUAAUUUCAUUUUUUACUCUUAAAAAAGACACAGAGACCAACAUGUAGAGGAGAGAAAGAAGAAGAAGAGUCUGCUGGGAGAGCGUCGUAUGGUCGUCGUCGCCGAUCUCUCUCUCUCUUUCUCUCUGUCUUUAUAUCUCUCUUUCUGCUCUUUGGCAUUCCACGCGGCAGCAGGAAUCGGCGAGAACGCGAUCCCCUUAACUCGGCCGCUGCCUUUUUUUUUCUUUCUUUCUUUCGUUAUCUUUCCUUUUUCAUACACAUAUAACGUACUCGGCCUUCUUAUCCCCACCCACGCAUCGGGCCCAAUGGGACUCGAUCGCGUCCCUCUACUCUCCGUAGCUCGCCAACUCAUUGACCUAUGCUAUGUGGGCCUUGUACACGCUCUCUUGUCUCUCUUUCUCGCCUUUGUCUGUGUGUGCGUGUUUUUUUUUCUCCAACGCUUUUUUUUCAUUAUAUUUACUUAUCGGUCCCUGGGCACACGCGUGAGAAAAUAGGGACCGUACAGUCGUUACACGCACGCCGAGAUCGUGGUUUUGAAGAAAAAAAAUGAAAAAACCACCUGAAAAACGAGAUACACUAGACGUACUCCGAUUCCGCGAGUUUCAUUCGAACAGAAUUGGAGUACGUCUAAUUGUACAUUAUAUACAUUCGUUCUAUAUAAACUGAGACUAUGUGAUAAGCGGAGGACGGCCGCGGAGGUCUCGGAAUUAUUAUUAUUAUAUUAUAUAUAUGUGCGAUUACGUUGACGAUCUUUUCAUCGAAUGAAAAGAUCGUCAACCGUCGUUGUUAUUUUUAUUGAUUCUCGCUAUUAACGUUUAUUAUCAUUGUAAGCUUAGAUGAAUGUGUGCGGUAUGAGAUUUUCCGGCGUUUUCUAUCCUGCUGUUUACACGGAGCGCACGCGAGAGAGAGAAAGAAUGUUUCGAAACGACACACAACUGUACAAUAAAGCCUUGGAUCGUGUCGAUCGAUCAAGCCGGUUUUUUUUUCUUCGUCGUUAUAAUGUAUGCACAAAAAUGAGAUGCGUAUUAUUAUUAUUUUGUAUAUUUUAGACGAGAGUCGGUACCGGUAUACCAGUAAUUAAUGCGCGAAAUCUCGCAUUCGAAAAUCACUUCUUCGGCCUGUACAUGUGUACACGAUGAUGAUACUCAUUUCUCGAGAAUCGAUUUAUUAGAUGGAGAGAAACUCUCGGUAACAUUUUUUUGAAAAUCCCGCUAUGGAAUACACCAAAUGUGUGUGUUUCUACUUUUUUUUUCAUUUUUACUACUACUAACAUGUAAAUUGCUCAUCGUGCGACUGUGUGAAAAUUUAUCGAUCUGGACGACGACGUGGACGUGGACGCCCGAGAGAAAGAGAGAUACACUAUUUCCGCUUUUGACAAGUGUACAUAUUCGCGCCACGUGUUUUUAUAAAGAAAAAGUCGUCUUUGGCCUUUUUUUUUACCUUUCAAAUUUACAAAACGACAAUGCGCCGCGAUAAGACGACAGCGUGUGUAAAUCCAAGGCUUUGAAAAUCCGACAGGUAGAAUUUGAGCCGCCGUCCUUCCAGUAGCCUGUAUUUUGAUAUACGCACAUUACGUUCAUCAACUAUACUCGACCGAGCUCACGAUUUCUGUAAAACUUCUUUUAUUUAUUGCCCGUCCCCCGUUCAAUUAAACAAAUAGACGAACGAGAGAGAAGAAAAAGAAUACAAAAGCUAGACUUAGUCCCGCGUAGCGAAAAGAAAAAAAUUGAAGCAUUUUAUAUGGAAUGGAGUAUAUAAAUAAUAUAUAUAAUUAUGUUUAUAGAAAAUAAGACGGAAGUUGUAGAUAGACGUGUAACAAAUUGUUGUCUCAUCGUCGACUUCGACAUCGCGAUUUUCUUUAUAAUUUAUUAAGAAAUUAAAUUUUUUUUGUUCGUCUUAGAAUAACCAGAUUUUGUACGCAAUGACAAUUUUACGUAUAACGUAUAAUUUUUAAGUGACGAAACGAGGGACCAAUAAUUUACUCGUACAUUCAGUGACAAAUUUUUGCCAAAUUUUGCACCCAGCGUUCGUUGAUCGAUCGCAUGAGACAACUUUCGCAAAAAGUAAGAAUGAAUGCCCACGAGUAAGAAUUGUUAGUGUUUAGGUAAAGGGCCCCCGUAGCCCUCGAGCUUGCUUGUUUGACAAAAAAAAAAAUCAACGACGCUCGAGUUAAUUUAUCGCAUUAUAAGUUUAUUCUUUUUUUUAUAUAAAAAAUAAAGCAUAAAAGUACCAUUUAUUUAUCCUUGUUUAUACUGCCAAGCUUACGAAAUUAAAUGUGACAUUGCGAAAGGCCUCGAUAAGACAAAUUUCUUUCUAUCGAAAGAAAAAGUUUUGUUUCCAAAAGGCAUGAUGGAGGAGACGAUUUCUAAAAUGUAAAUUAACAAGUUGCAAUCAAACGUCGUCCAUCGACGACGACGUGCUCUGAUUAGGCCUUGUAGCGAGUACUAGAGAAUGAUGUAGGAUUAUCCGCUCAUUAUCGAAAUAAUAUCGAUUCUGUGGUAAUUAAUUAUUAAUUAUUAAUUAUAAUGUAAUUUUAAUUAUUUCAUUAUUACUACUAUUAUCACAAAACAUUUUAGAUAUAUAAGCCAUUAUUAUAUAUUUUGUACCUACUAAUGAUUGAAUGAGUAUGUCAAAAAUUUUAGAAAAUUUGAUUGGAAUGGUUUCGAGAUAUAUAUAUUUCUGAUAAAAGAUAUAAAAUUUAUGUGAAUAACUGAUUCCUCUCGAGUUAUAUUAGAUUGUAUAAGAUAUGUGGUGAUGCAAGCAAAAACGUUUUCAAUAAUAAUUACAAUGUGUACAAGCGACGACGAUUCUCUUUAUUUCUUUUCACUUUGAUUAAACAAUUAUUAGUUGUAUGGUAGUGUUGUUUCUAGCGAGCUUUUUCGUAAAAGCACUUCUCACACACGUUUUACGAGAGAAGUGAGAGAUAACAGCAGUUUAUUUACGACAUAGCGACAAUAAAGAGCGACGACUCGUAUACUCGCGAGAUGCGUGCUUGUGAUGAAAUCGAAAGCGAACGCAACUCUACGAAUUAAUAAUUAUUUUUUUUUCGUAAAGAAAAGGAGACGUCUAAUCAAGUCACACACGAACCCAACAACUAUUGUUUUACAAACCAUUAUUGUUAAAUUCAAUUUUAAUUGAACGAUAGAUAAUGCGUUUUAUUAUUAUUUUUUUGUCUUUACUCAUUAUGAUUUUCUGAAAUACGCAAUAAAUAAUUUUUUUGGUAUCCUUGCAUUACUUUUUGGUCAUUCUUUGAUUUAUUUCGUCAUCCAAAUCAUCAUCAUUCAACUCAAACUGUCGGUGCACAGAUCAAAAACAAGAAAAUAAUCAUUGUACACGCCCGACGUAGACAACGAACAGAGAAGACUAUAUGGCACACACACACAGAAGCAUAGUAAUGUGUUGUAUGUAUAAUGUAUGUACGCGCGAGCGAGUCAUUGCUCCCAUUUAAGCUUUUAUAGACGUAUAUGAAGUCGUGUGUAUACCAAACGAAAGUGCCUAUAACUCACGAAUUAUAGAUCAAAAAUACAUUCCUGCGUAGAGAUUUUUUUUUAUAUGUUUAUAUUCUAUAAGUCAUUUAUAAUUCCAUUGUUUACAACGUUAACAACGUCGAUUUGUCAAGCUUCUACAUUUAAUGCAUGUAUACUUAGCGGUACUUAUUAAAAGGUUUUGAUUUUUGGGGGGCUCGUCGUUCUCACUUGUACCGACGACGACGACGAUGAUGAAUAAACAUUUCGGAAGCUAUUUUUGUAUACUUGUUUAAACGGAAAGCCUCUCCGCUUGGAGAAAUAGAUCGUUUUUCUCGCGAAGAGAGUCUCCCUUGUGUACGUGUGCGCGCGUGUGUUUGGGUGUCGCUCUCUCGGGCGGAAGCCGGUGCUGUCCGUGAAACAACAAAGAGUGCAACAAACACCGCACCGGAGAACGAUUGCAUAGGAGGCGAAAUUGAACGACGUAUGCCGAGAAACGAAAUCUUCGUUUAUACGACGAGAUUACGAUCUGUCGAUUCAGCUGGUGUGUGCAUGAGUGUGUAUAAGCGAGUACGUGAGAAGGCACACACGCGUGUCAACCUCAUUAUCUAAAAUACGUAUUCCAAGCGUUGGAAGGAGCUUGUAUUUUUGGAAAGUUGAAUUUUUUCUAUAUAUACACCGCCGUCUUUUUUAUCAAUGAAUGUACCUCUUUUUUCGACGCUUAUAGAUAUAUACAAAAGCUUUUUUGAGAAAAAUCUUUACUGCCUUUCUUGGCAGCGCGAGAAUAUGCGAGAAGUGUAAAUUAAUAAGAUGCAAUAAUAAUAUAAAUGACUGCUUGUCAGAUACGAAUUGUAAUGGAUUUUGUAUAAAAAAAAUGAUUAACUGAACGAAAUAAAGGAGAUUCGAUUGAAAGCAAUAUA